GAGACUUGAGACUACGAGUCGUGGAUUUAAUUUAUCCGUAGCCUCAGUCACGAGCGACGCGUUUGAGUGUUAACAUCGUCCAUGAUUUUGUUUUAAUAGUAGAUUAAAAUAGAUUUAGUUUUACGGUACUAGUCAUAGUCAUAGUUCUAAUUUUAUUAUUAUUAAUAAAUUCGUUUUUGUUGUUUUGGUUUUAUUAAAAAUUUUAUUUUGAUAUUUUUUGUACUGGAUAAUAUGAGUUCGAUAACUAUUGGACCACAUGACUCAAGUCCACCAGGAUUUGGUCCUGCCCCUCCUCCGCCACCACCCCCACCAACUGGUCAGAUGCCAACGAUGAGGAUUAAUACAGAGAGCCAGAUGCCACGCCGACCACAAAUGUACACUAACGACCCCUACGAGCCACCAGCGGCGAUCCAGAACGCGAUGAUGACCAAGGAUAAGAAGCCCUUUACUUACACCCCAGGCAUGGGGGGUAAAUUGGAUCUGUCCCAGAUCAGAAGCCCGAGGAUGGCUCGCAGAGUGGCCAAGAACGCGAACGAUGAAGGAAUUGAGGGACCACCAAAGUCUCCUCUAGCAAACGAGGCUUACAAUUCGCGUCCUGUUCCUGGAACAGUUCCAGGAACGACUUUGAUUCCUGGAAUGGUUCCAGGAACAGUUCCACUGCCUGGAAUGGGAUCAGUUCCUGGAACAGCAACAGUUCCAGUUACUCCGCCAGGGCCUACUAGCCUGUUCAUCCAGCCACAGGUUGCAGUUCCAGUGUUCCCAACCAAUGUUCCGAGAACUGUUCCAAGGAACUCAGUGGAAAAACUCGAUAAAUCUCAACCGACGUCUCCCGAAACUCCGGGUACGCCGAUUCAAAUAACUUUGGCGAAAGCACCGACUCCCUGGCUACAGCAGAAGAGCAAAUCUCCGGAGGAACUUCCUGAAUGGGCUAAACGGACCUCCAAUAGUUCUGGACAGGAAAGUCCGCCCAGGGUUCAGGUUCCGGUUUCGGCUCCAAUUCAGGCCCAGAAACCUGCUGAAAAAGUGAUUCCUGUCAAGAUUGAAGACAGACCUUCAGUUUUCACGAUUAAAAAUGAACCGGGGCAUCAUCAGUUCAAGUCACCACCGCAGCAGCGCUGGGGGAACCAAAACACGACUGCGAAGGUCACAGUGGCGCCACCUAAGCCACAGCUUACUGCGCCAGGAACUUAUAUUGUGCCAAUUGCUGUUGAGGGAGCGCAGGAACUCCCGAGUUAUGAGUUUCAGCCUACUUCUGCUAAUCAGUCCAGAAAUCAAGGAAGAAAUAUUCAAGAUCUAUCAGGUGCACCGGUCCAAUCCCGUUCAUUCAGAGUCUUGCAAAAAUUAACUGAUACGGACAACGACGAUAUAGACAAUGAACAACUGCGUAAGCUUCAGUUGACUGAAGAUGAUAAGGUUCUAAUGAACAAAUUUAAAGAACAAGUGGAUGGCGACACAUACUUACACCAAGAAGAAGACCCAAGAUAUCGCGGUGCAGCUAUUCCAUCCCGGGCAUUUAGAUAUUUACAAAAUAUGACUGAUUCCAACGAAGUACCCAUCAACAAUGCGCCCAGAGCAGUCAACAGUGCACUGAAGCGUCAGAACAGAAACUCCCGGUCCUUCGAUGAGCAGCCAGUGGUGCAAAAUCUCCCACCAAGCGAGCAACAAGCCCCGGAGCCUAAAAAAUACACCGGAAGCGCGAUACCCUCGCGGUCAUUCAGGAUACUUCAAGCGAUGACGACUCCAGACGCUUUGGCAAGCCGAGAAAUUCCCGUGGGCCAUCAGGGUUUGUUUGUCCCGUACACCACGCCUGUUUAUUGGGCGUAUUACCCAUUAGCUUACGUUCCUAAUCAAGAGCAAGUACCGUGCACUAACCCCAACAAUCUAAACAAUAUCGGCUGUUAUCCGGGUGUGUUUUACAAAGGAAUCGACAAACUUGAUGAUUUUGUCACUUCCAAUGAGAUUGCUAGCCAAGAUUUAACCCUGGAGUCGGAAAAAAGUUACUUGGAACGCGAGGGAUGUCAGAGUUUGGCUGCUAAAGAGCUUGGACUGAUGGUUCUUGAUGGUUCUAAGCAUGGAAGAACUGAAGAGCUGGUUGGUAAUCUUCCCCUGAGUGGAACAAUGAUGUCUAAUGGCACUCAAGCUCAGGAAGUAGUGCUAAACCAACCUGAAACUAUGUUUAAAGAAGGUUCUAAUCAAAAAGAAGCCUUGGAACCAUCAAAAAACCACUUGAAACUUCAAGAAACUGCAUUAGCUGAUGUUUCUUGCUAUUUGAAGGCUUCUAAUCUAGUCACUAAUCAUCUUCAAAGCCAAAAUAUGACUCUCAAUAGCGCCCAAAGUCACGAACUAGUCCCAAACCAACCUGGAACUGUGUUUAGAAAAAGUUCUAAUCAAAAAGAAGCCUUGGAACCAUCAAAAAACCACUUGGAACUUCAAGAAACUGCAUUAGCUGAUCUUCCUUGCUAUUUAAAAGCUUCUAAUCUAGUCACGAAUCAUCUUCAAAGCCAAAACAUGACUCUUAAUAGUGCCCAAAGUCACGAACUAGUCCCGAACCAACCUGGAACUAUAAUUAGAGCCGGUUCCAGUUCUUAUAAAGCUUCAAAUGAAUCCACUAGUCAUCCCCAAUCCCCAGAACUACUUACUAACGACGUCCCGACUUACAAUCUCAUCAUAUCCCAGCCUAAGAUAAAGUUCUGUAUCAAUCCAACCCGAAAUGAAGCUUCGAAUCCUCCAAACAUUCAAGAAAGUGCUUCUACUAAAACUUCCAACCAUUUAAAAGCUUCAGAUCUGAUAUUUAAUUCUGCCCAGUAUCAAAAAAUCGAUCUUCCAAAUCAGUCUCGAGCUUCAUUUGAUCAAGGUUCCACUAAAGUUCCUACCAGUUCUCAGAACCAAAAUCUUUCAACCAGCAAUUUGACUGCAAUCCAACUUGGAACCCCACCAGAACUCCUUUGUUCCACAGUUCCAGCCUCCGAGAACCAGGAACAAGCAUCCAUUGAUGGUCCAAGCUCUUACCAAGCUAACUGUCCCAUGAAUAUCCUCCACGAAGAAGAAGACACCUCUGACAGUUCCAACAACGUCGACGACGGAGUUCCUGAGACAUCAACUGACUCUGAUUCUGAUUCCUACUUGGCGUACUCGACUGGCCUGAACCCAGACUCUGAUUCCAAGGACUCUGUUGAAGAAGGUCCCACUGUCAACGUGAGUCUUCCUUUAAAAACCAAGUCCUGUUCCGAGGAGGUCCACGCUGAUUUUACGCUAAGCAGACCCAAAUCUUGGUGCCCGGAACCUUCCAAGUUCCAGGAAACAGAGGACCAUCAAGACAAAGAAACUGAUGAUGAUGACAGUGGAGUGAAUUCUCAAUCCGACUUAAGUCGCUUGAUUUCCGAAGUUGAUACUGACUCGGAAUGUUCUCCAAGGAAGGUCAGUUCCUACAAGCGGACUCAGACUCACUCUAGAUUGUUUAAAUUGAUCAGUAAGAAUGAUUCGCCUUUUUUUGAAGACACUAAAGAGGAAGAAAUGAUUUCUUUGAAAAAAUCUGGCAGGAUUACAAUAAAAAAUUUGAACUCUCCCGCGCAAAGUUUAAAUUUUCCCGCUAAAGCGCCGCCUGGAGGGACGCCAAGGAAUUUCAGGCGGCCAUUGAGUCUGGAAGUUAAAGAAGACGAUUUUUACUUAAAAUGGAAAGAUUCUAAUGGAAAAAAAGGGAAUUUGGGAAGAAAAUUUGUCAAGCCGACUGUGUUGUGCCCACGGACGAAAAGUUUUAAGAAUUUAACAAAAUUAUCGGACUAAUUAAGCCGUUUUUUUAUAAAUUUACCUACUUUUAUAAUCUUUUCUACUGAUAUUAUUUUUUUGUAACGUGUUACAUGUCUCUCACGAAUGCUCAAGGAUUUAAAACUAACAACUGCUGAUGGAUGAUAAAUAGGUUAACAAAAUUAAUAAUAAAUAGAUAAAGAGAGUGAGAAUAUGAGAAAUGAAAAACGAGCCGAGGGAUGACUGGUCAGCGGAUUAUUGUUUUUGGUCCUGACACAUCGGAGUUCUGAUUACGGACUAGAUUUUUUGCGUGCUAUUUUUCAUUUCUAAUUUAUUUUAUUUAUUUAUUAUUAAUUUUUUCGUUUUUUGAUUAACCAGUUUUUUAUAAACAAAUUUUAAUUCGAAAAUGUGUAUGUCUAUAUUUCUGAUUAUAUGUUAAUUAAUAUUGAUAUUGUAAAGAAUAAAUAAAUUAUUUAUGGUUA